UCAUCUUUCAAGAUACUUUCCUACUGUAAUAGAGACAUGAAAAUGCAGUUAGAUUACCCAAGGAAUCCUUACAAAUAUAAACAGCUGAAUGUGUUGUUGGACAUGAUCCCAGAGCCUUUUCCAAAACCAAUUUUAGGAAGUAACUUGACAAAAUGGCUGUUGGAUUUUUUAUUAGAAAAUGAAUACAAGUUAAACAAGUUUGAAGCCAUAAAUUUUAUUUCAAAAACUGAAGGGUUAUUUUCUUCAUUGGUAAACAUUUUUUCAAUACACAGAGAGGACUUGCAUAAAAAAAUUCCUUUAGCCACAUCCUUUGUUAGAAGCUGCAAGGAGUCUUCAAAAAUAGUUAUCAUCACUGAUGAUCAAGAAUUAACAGAAAACUUUAGAACAAAGGAAAAUGUUGAAGUGCUGUUGAAGGCAGAAAUUUUAGAGAGUGUAAUUCCAAAAGACAAACAGCUAAUUUGCGAUAACACUGAUCAAGUGAAGGUCUGCACUGAGGAACUGAAAACAGUGGAUGAGCAGGAAUAUCUGGGAAUACUGGGAUUUGAUUUCCCUUUCUUUGAUGAUGAAGCUGAAGCUGAGUGCUCUAAUCAAAUUGAGUGUUAA